AUGAAAUCAAAUCAGGAGCGAAGUAAUGGAUGCCUGCCACCCAAAAAGCGAGAAAUCCUUGCACUGGAACAGAGGCCAGUCGCAGUGGCUACAUCAACUACUCCUGUUGUUCAUAACAAUCCUGCUCCCCAUACUGAAAACCUUGCCUGGUUGGCAAGUGUGGCCAGUGAACGAUGCAGGUCCAGAGACUCAGAGAGCCCACUAUGUCCCAUAACAUCGACCACCUCUUCCUCUCCUACUAUUCCAACCUCAGCUACUACCCUAUCAGCAGUGCCGUUGGCUUCGCUGCCCACAGUUUACCCCACAGCCAUUCCUCAGCCAUCAGGAACCAUACAGUUUGCUCAGCUCGGACCUAAUGUUCAGUUCAUAAGCUCCGGGCCCUAUGCAAGCUAUAUCUCCUCUCAUGUCGUUCCUGCCAAUACCAGCCCUAUGGGACAGCGCCCUCACCUCGAUGGUUACACUACUGCUCUGAUUUCGCCUGGCACCAAAGGGGAACAGCAGUUUCAAAUCGGCCUCUCUCCCACAGAGCUUGCUCCCGUCUCCCUCCCAAACUCUCCACAAGUCACCAGCCAGUACAUCCAUCUUGAUAGCAGAACCCCUCUGACAGUCAGUGGUGCUGCAGUGUCGACACCUGGAGCCCACCUACAGCUUCAUCCUCAUACCGCUGUCCUCCCUCAAACGCUCACACUCGCUCCCUCCCAGCUAGUUGUUCAGUAUGCAGAUGGAUCUACCAUUAAGAAACCAGAGGUGCAUGCUAAGACUGUGCUGAACGGUGAACAAGUGGUCAAACAAAUUAAUGCUCCCACACAACCAACAAACCAUCAGCAAGUUCAGAGCUAUGAGGCACGACACAUCCUUGUGCCAGCAGACUAUGGUCAGAACUCAUCAGGACUUCAGACCUCUUUAGUACUUGUGGCCCAACCAAACCAUGGUGCUGAUCAGGAACAUAGUUCAAAUAAAAUUUCCUUAGUUCAGACUGAGAAAGGAGGCAUCUGUUUGGGAAAACCCAUAUCAAGAUCUUCCUCCUUCUCCUCCCUCUCAUCAUCAGACGUCAUGAAGUCCGUCACACCCCAUACAGUAAUUCAGACAACAUUACCCCCUGAAGAGCUCCCAGCCAGUCUUUAUUCUUCUACUCAAGCACCCAUCAUUGGCUAUAUCACCAGUGCCAACCAGCAUGCAGUUAGCUACCAUGCUGCGCUGCCACAGCACUUGGUCAUUCCAGGUGGUCAGUCCCUGCUCAUCCCAGUCAGCGGUGCAAAUAACAGCACAGAAAUGGAGACCAGCCGUGCUGUCUGUUCCAUGACCACGACCACGACGCCUCAAAUAUCCACCGCAAUGCCUCAUGCAUAUCUUGCCACUGCCCUGUCCAAAUGUGAGUCAAUAGGUCCAGAUGGAAAUCAAGUUCCCGUUGCUGUAGCCCCACCCCCAGCAAUCCCAGCCUUGCCUUCAAACCCAGUCCCUGCAGUAGUGGCAGCUCCUUCUCCAGUCCCAGCUCCCGUCACAUUUCCUGUCAAUGCUCCAGUCCCUACUUCCAUUCAAGCUUCUUCUGCAAUCUCCUCUCCCUCCUCCCCUGUGGCACUCCCUCCUUUCUUUAUGCGAGGCUCAAUAAUCCAGCUUGCUGAUGGAGAGCUGAAGCGUGUGGAGGACCUCAAAACUGAGGACUUUAUCCAGAGUGCAGAGAUCAGCAGUGAGCUGAAGAUCGACUCCAGCACUGUUGAACGAAUUGAUACCGGACAGAGUCCUAAUGCUGUGGUCAUACAGUUUUCUGUCGGGGAACUUAAAGCUCAGGUGUGUGUGGAAGUUCUUGUGGAGUAUCCCUUCUUCGUAUUCGGACAGGGGUGGUCGUCCUGUUGUCCUGACCGGACCACGCAGCUCUUUGAGCUGUCAUGCGCUAAGCUGUGCGUAGGUGAUGUUUGUGUGUCUUUGACCCUUCGGGGUCUAAGGAAUGGUUCUCUAUCAGACAGCCAGGUUUUGGGGGCAAGGCUGAAGAGCGCAAGACUCUCUGACCCUGGAAACAACACAGAUUCAACUGUCAACAACAGUCCAAGGCGUAACACGACAGGCAUUAACAGCGGUCUUCUCAUGAAGGCUUCUGGUGUCGAAAGGAUAGUUGGAACUGCGUCCGGACGGCAGUUACUCACAGAAAUGGGACUAAAUCCAGGAUCAGUGGUGGGGACCUCUGCUGGAGAAUCGGUGCUGGCAGUCUCUGGAACUGCAGGUACAAGACAGAGAUCCGAGAAAAUAGAUAUGCCCACACUCUGCAAAAUACAGUCCAGAGAUCCAGACAGAACCACUGUUCGCAAGAGACGUUGGUCCGCUCCGGAGCGAGACCAGACUGAAAGAGUAGAGGGGGAACCUCCGUUGACUCUGCUAAAACCCUCCAUCAUCUCUCAGGAGGUGAAAAUCAGCAUAGAGGGCCACUCGAGCAGCGGCAGAGAAAAAUGCUUGAACAAACUGUAG